CGAAAAAAUGAAUACAACAGCAAUUUGAGAAGAUUAAUAGCCAGACAGCUUGUUCCGACUGUUAUACAAACUCAGAUUUCGUUUGAAAUUAUUACAACAUUAAAUCCGUUAACACCAAAUCCAAUUGCAACACCAACAAUCCCACCUACUACUACCAUUCAAAGUGCUACUACUACCUCAAUUAUUACUAUAGCCGGACCUACUGCUACAAAUUCUUUUAUAACCACAACUUUGAUCGAAACUAUUACUACAACGUUGUUUUUAGCCA